AUGUUAGAUGGAUUAGUUGACUCCAAGCCUGUCUGGAUGAUGAUAUACUUUUGUCUUCGAGCGGGAGAUCUUAAAGAUGCAAUAGAAAUAGCUAGAUCGGCCACCAACAACCUCGGUGAUUUUUAUCUUACUCUUUCUGAAUUUUCAAAAAAUAACCGCAAAAUUCCAGCACAUCUUCUUCCUACUAUUAUUGAACAUUACAAUCGAAGUGUGAAAAAUUCUACAGAUUUUUACAAACGCUGUGUUUUCUGUGUACUCUGCCGUUUUGACCUCGAUGAUCUGCAUUUGUCUGUUGCGCGAUCUGUCGAUGACUUUUUAUGGCUAAGACUUUCGCAGGUUGAAUUAUUAACUGGUCACACACAAUUAAAGGCCACUCCCAACCAUUCCCAUCUCAAAAAAAUGACUAAACAAGAAGACGUAUUGUGCCUUGCUUCUCUACAAUCACUAAUCUCCGAGACAUAUGGCGAGGCCCAUUUUGAUGCAUGGCAUCAGCCACUCUUAUACUUCAAAAUAUUAUUGCUUACGCAACAAUUUGAAGCGGCUCUCGCUUUUCUCGGUCGGUUUGAUGCCUUUCGUUCUCAUUCUGUCCAUGUCGCACUAGCUUUACAUGAUCUGGGAUUACUAGUUCCAAGUUUGACCGUGCAGGCUUCAACUAUUUCUCGAAUCGAUUCUGAUCCUCCUGGAUUUCAUCGUCUAAACCUGGCCCGACUACUACUUCUUUAUACACGCAAAUUUGAGCUGACGAAUCCACGAGAGGCACUUAAUUACUACUAUUUCCUCUCUGGAAUUCACCUGACCAAUAGCUCUUCAAAGCAGCCUUCCCACUUUUCAGCCAUGGGUGCUAGCUCUGCGGGAGGCCUUCUUUAUUUGCUUGGUGCACCAGGUCUAAAGUGGCCCUUGGAAAGAGGGACGGAUACAGGAGGGUGUUUACCUUUACAAAAGAAGGAUGUCACUGACGACGACAGUGAGGAGCUGACUGACGAUGAGGACGAUGAAGAUCGGUUCAGAGGUGGCCUUCAUGGGAAGGGAAUUAUAUACUUUAGUGAAAAAAGUCUUUUUGUACUGUGCACAUGCGAACUAGCCUUGGCCACAAAAGAGUUCACCACCUUAUUCGGAUACUUGGAUGAAUCUGGGCUGCGCAAGCCUGGUGCAAUUGAUCGUUUUUGCCCCAAUGAAGCCGCCUGCGAGCAGCUAAUUGUCUACAUUGCCAAACGUGUAGAAGCUACUGGACAGCUGGUACACGCCGUGCGCCUUUACCAGUUGGCUGCUGCUAUCUGUUCCUCCGCAAUAAGCACCACAAGUUCCGACUUCUUUGUUCAUUCUAUGCCUCGCCACCCUUCUUCAGCCGCUAACAUGCUUGAUUUGAUUUUGGAUGAGCGACGGCGUCAUCAUCUGAUUUCGGCCACGCGACUGGUUAACAGCUUAUUGGUUAACGCACUGGUCACAGGGGCGAUGGGUGUCUCCGUUCCCACAGGUUCAGUCUGGACAGAAGAAGUCUUGUCAACAGAUUACCAUAAAGAAAACUCCAUUAUCAGUCUCUAA